AUGGACCCUCCAGUUAAGUCCCCUCCCGUGGAAGGGGAACAACUUUCCGCAGAAGAAAAUAAAAUUCUACCAGUGGACCAAAAUGAAUACAAAAUUGUAAGUAAAAACAGGAAGGAGAAGAAGGAAGAAAAAAAAAAAAAAAAAAAAACCAGUGAUGAAUAUGCCAUACAAAAGUAUGAACAAGACAAAAUCGCUAUUUUCGAAAACAACGAAAUUGUUGAAUAUGACGCGAGGAAUUUCAGGACAGGGAACAAAAAUCACAUUGUUUUGGAGGAAGAGGAUUAUUUAAAUGUGUUGGAGUUUUUAAUUGAAAAAAAGUUUUUUCCUGACUUACACAAAUAUAAGGAAGAUGGAGCCAUUGAGGACAGGAUUCAAAAGGAUUUGUAUCAUGUUACUCCAAGUUGCAAAAGUACCAUCAUGAACUAUGAGGGGCACUCACCUCGCGAAGGAACAAGAAGCGGUGGGAAAAUGGGUAGAAAUACAUCUCCGAGUUGUGACCCUCAUGGGGGUUAUUACUCCGAGCAGGAGGGACAUAAAUAUGUUGAGAUGCUAUACCCAGCGGAUCAAUGCAGUGAGAGGAAUGUAGCCCCGUCGGAGUGUGGGUGGCAUGACGAGGCACUCUGUGUGGAAGACAAAAACUACAAAUGGGUGACUCUGGCGAAUGGAAAAAAACACAAAAUUAACCUAAACAUGCAUUUAAGAGAGUUUCAGAAGAGGUACACCUCGGAGGAUAACAAAUCGUUUGAGUAUCUCUUAACAAAUAUGAAGAAUAAACAUAUGGACAGGAACAUGUACUCUUUGAUGAAGAGGAAGGAACACAACAAAAGAGUAGAGUACAUCGAAGAGUGCACAAGGAAAGGAAUAAAUUGUUUUCAAGUGAAUACAAACAAAUCGGAAAAUGAAUUAAACAGCAUGAUGUUUUCUUCCAAUUUAAAACUUAGCUUAAUGGAUGAUGCUAGUAAGAGUAAUAUAAAGGUAUGUCACGAUAACACAAGAUUUUCACACGAAUAUAAUGAAGACAUGAAGAGACAGAUAAAACAAUGCGCUCAAAAUAGGCAGUUAAAACUGAUGGAAAAAAUUAAAGAAGACAAAGAGGAGCAGAUGGUCCAACAGGGCAAGUUCAACUUACUCGAAAGAAAUAACAGCUAUGAAUAUAUGCGUACUCCACUGAUACUCGCCGGGAAAGGUGUUGAUAAGGAUCCCAUCAUAACAUGGGGGGUCAUUGCGAGCAGCCCUAAGUUGGUGGAACGUGAGGAAGAUUACAGUGUACACAGCAGCAGUGGUGACGACUCUGAUAAUUUGCGCAGUGGCGCGAGAGGGAGAAGAGCCUGUGGACAAGAAAGCGACGAAACCGAUUUCAAUCCUGUUAAGGAAUUUAAUCUACAGGAAAUUAACGAGCGUGAACGCCUUGCAGAUAAAUUGCAAAAUAGCUUGAAAGACAUCAAGUACAGCAAGGAAGCCUUAAAGAGAAAAAAUCUCAGCUUGCUGAUACAUCGGAAUUGUAGCUCCCGCAUGUCCACCACGUCAUAUAGGAAUUCAGUUUUGUCCAGGUACAGCCGGAAACGACUUAACGAGUUGGCGAUGAAAUCUUCGCUCGCGUCGCAAAUUUUGAAAAAGAAGAAGUGA